AUGUGGCUUUCUUUGUUCUCUUGGCACGUUUCGCUGCGGCAUCGCAUCUAUUGCGGUAUGGCUAUCGUGCCGCGGUGGUAUCGCGACGUCGGCCGUCAUGCCACGGCGGCGUCGCAUAACAAAAUUGUACGCGAUGACGCUAUCGAGGGCCGCACAUCGGCCGCCGCAGCCCCUUCCCGCCGUCCGCAGUUUCACUUAAUUGCAAUAUACGAACAAACGUCGAUAAUGCAUUCGCUCUUCACGCGCGGCGGCCGCGAGAUCGUUCCCGAUGGCUCCUGCCGGAGGCACGUUCGCGUGGCUUUCUACUGCAUUUACUUUACUGCUCUGAUAUGUUACAGGCGGUGCUCUAAGUUCCAUAUGUCCGUUUUUAUAGUGCGACCCCGCGCCUUAUGGCCUAAUGUCACUGAGCGGGCGAGCCGCGAGAUGGACGGUGCGCUUCACACGCGCAAGAUGGCGCGCACAUCGCCGACGCAGCCUCCGCAUGGGCAACGAUUCACGGAACGCCGGCUUUUUCGAGCUGCUAAACAAAUAAAACCCAGUUGCACCCCCGAAUCGGCCGACCCGUUAAUUAAUCACCGGGCCACGACCUCAAGAAAUAUUAUCUUGCAUAAAUCA